AUGACACUCGGCACCGACACCGCCGCCCUCCUCCACCGCAGCGUCGACGCGCUCCUGCACCUCACAACGCCCACCACGCACGCCCUGCUCUCCGCGGAGGAGCGCGCGUUCUCGCUGCGCCAGCUCAUGGUCGCGACCGAGGCGGGGGCGAAGCUCGCGGACGCUGUGUAUGUGGAUGCGGUGACGCGCCAGCACGAGCUGGUCGGAACGGGGGUGGACACGCUCACUGGGGAGGAGGUGGGGGAGGAGGUGGGGGGAGAGGCUGAGGGGACGGGGGCGCAGACACUCGCCGCGGAGGUAGGUGCUGUGGCGAGGACGGGGGAGGUGGGGGCUGGAGCUGGGGUGGGAGGGUUGGAGGGGGUGGGGGGAGAGGCUGGGGGGUCGGUGGCGGAGAUGGAGAGGAGGCGGGUGGAGGUGGAUUGGGACGCUGUAUGGGGGGCCAUAGACGUCACGGAGGCGGGGCGGAGGAGGCGGGGGACUGGGCUAAAGUUAUCGAGGCCGUCUAGGAGUUGA